UCGGACAACAAACGGAAGACUAUAUGCGCCCCGGCAACUGAACGGCAGCCUGAGUGUUAUUUAACGAGGUAAAAGCCUGAUAGGCAAAGACAGGUUUGUUUCAAAAUGGUUAAGUCAACCCAAAUAGCCAGGCUUGAUGGCCUCAUGAUGGCUGCGUCGGUGGAUGAUGAACAGGCAGAAGUGGAGCUCUCAGAGAUCAAAACACAAGCCAAAAUGAUAUUCCGCCGGUUGAGUCGCAAUUCGGCACCACAAGCUAGUAUUGAGUCUGGCCAAUACAAUCUACACUAUCUUAUCCAAGACGAUAUCUGCUUCCUCUGUAUAUGCGACCGCUCCUACCCACGCAAACUUGCUUUCACCUAUCUCGCCGAUCUCGCCACCGAGUUUACUACCACAUACUCCUCUGCGCAGUACCAGUCCCCCACCCUUCGGCCGUAUGCCUUCGUAGAAUUCGAUACAUUCAUCCAACGCACCAAGAAGCUAUACCAGGAUAGCCGGGCGUCGCAAAACCUUGACAAAUUGAACGAUGAGCUGCGGGACGUGACGAAAGUGAUGACAAAGAACAUCGAGGACCUUCUAUACCGAGGUGAUAGCUUAGAGCGAAUGGGCGAGUUGUCGGGGCGUCUGCGAGAGGAUAGUAAGAAAUACAGACGAGCCGCAGUGCGCAUCAAUUGGGAGUUGGUGAUUAAACAGUAUGGCCCAAUUGCUGGUGUCGGCUUCCUCUUUCUUUUCCUUAUAUGGUUGCGCUUCUUCUAAUUCCUUCCCUAAGCGGCUGCUUACGGACACCCGCUUAAAUGAAUGUAUGCAUAGUUAAUCUUGUUGAUGGUUGCCGGACUCCAUCCACCCCGAAACCCUCAAAAUUUCCAACAUCUGAUGACGGACGAGCUUGAUUGCAAAGUUUACACCUUUAAUUCCAGGGAGCCUGGCAUAGCAUGUCCAUUCAUGCGUCUCAUA